AGCGGUCAUUAGUGAUGCGUGACGCGAUGCGUAAAGCGAUGAGUUUGGUAACGCAGCUGAUGGACCCAAAGGCGGAACUUUUAACAAUGUUCACAUUAACAGCGCUACAUGUAACACCACUGGACAACAACUCGGACGUAUCACAUCACUGAAACAGUGAAGUUUAAGGAGUUCAAAGUGACAUUUAUCGUUAUGAAGACACGAUUUGAACAUCGCUGAUCUGGACAUAUAAAAUGGGAUUUCUUUCGUAUCUAACGGCAUGUAAAGGCACGGCGCUUCUGUUUUGUGUCAUUCUUCAGGGACUGAAUGCAGAGAACUCAAAGCCAGAUGUGAUCAGAAAUCUCAUAGCAUCUAAUAUCACAACAUCAUCUGUGUUUCUGGAAUGGGAGGAACCUUCUGGAUACAGAUCUUACUUUAAAGUUAAAUGGAUUAAUGAUGAAACAGAGAAAAAUAUAACCACACAUAACACAUCCUAUAACAUCACUGAACUAACUCCUGGAGUCAAAUACACGUUUGUCAUCACAGCUGUUGCAGGAGAUAGCGCAGCAGAAGGAGAUCCAGUUGUUAUCUCAAUCUAUAUCAAGCCAGAUGUAAUCAAGGAUCUCACAGUCUCUAAUAUCACAACAUCAUCUGUGUUACUGAAAUGGGAAGAACCUUCUGGAAACAGAUCUAUCUUUAAAGUUCAAUGGAUUGGUGAUAAAACAGAGAGAAAUAUAAUCACAGAUAACACAUCACAUUACAUCACUGAACUAACUCCUGGAGUCAACUACACGUUUAUCAUCACAGCUCUUGCAGGAGAUAACUCAACAGAAGGAGAUCCAGUUGUUAUCUCAAUCUAUACCAAGCCAGAUGUGAUCCAGAAUCUCAUAGCAUCUGAAAUCACAACCACAUCCGUGUUUCUGCAAUGGGAGGAACCUUCUGGGAACAGAUCUUACUUUACAGUUCAAUGGACUGGUGAUAAAACAAACACAAGCAUAACCUAUAACACAUCCUAUAACAUCACUGGACUAACACCUGGCGUCACAUACACAUUUAGCAUCACAGCCGUUGCAAGAGAUAGCUCAACAGAAGGAGAUCCAGUUGUUAUCUCAAACUUUACCAAUGUGAUCAAGGAUCUCACAGCAUCUGAAAUCACAACAUCAUCUGUGUUUCUGCAAUGGGAUGAACCUUAUGGAAACAGAUCUAACUUUAAAGUUCAAUGGAUUGGUGAUAAAACAGUCACAAGCAUAACCAACAACACAUCCUAUAAUGUCACUGGACUAACUCCUGGAGUCAACUACACAUUUAUCAUCACAGCUGUUGUAGGAGAAAACUUAAAAAAAGGACAUCCAAUUGUUAUCUCAAACUUUACCAAGCCAGAUGUGAUCAAGAAUCUCACAGUAUCUAAUAUCACAACAUCAUCUGUGUUACUGAAAUGGGAAGAACCUUCUGGAAACAGAUCUUACUUUAAAGUUCAAUGGAUUGGUGAUAAAACAGAGAGAAAUAUAACCACAGAUAACACAUCACAUUACAUCACUGAACUAACUCCUGGAGUCAACUACACGUUUAGCAUCACAGCUGUUGCAGGAGAUAACUCAACAGAAGGAGAUCCAGUUGUUAUCUCAAUCUAUACCAAGCCAGAUGUGAUCCAGAAUCUCAUAGCAUCUGAAAUCACAACAUCAUCCGUGUUUCUGCAAUGGGAGGAACCUUCUGGAAACAGAUCUUACUUUAAAGUUCAAUGGACUGGUGAUAAAACAAACACAAGCAUAACCUAUAACACAUCCUAUAACAUCACUGGACUAACACCUGGCGUCACAUACACAUUUAGCAUCACAGCCGUUGCAAGAGAUAGCUCAACAGAAGGAGAUCCAGUUGUUAUCUCAAACUUUACCAAUGUGAUCAAGGAUCUCACAGUAUCUAAUAUCACAACAUCAUCUGUGUUUCUGCAAUGGGAUGAACCUUCUGGAAACAGAUCUAACUUUAAAGUUCAAUGGAUUGGUGAUAAAACAGGGAUAAUCAUAACCAACAACACAUCCUAUAAUGUCACUGGACUAACUCCUGGUGUCAAAUACGCAUUUAUCAUCACAGCUGUUGUAGGAGAAAACUUAACAAAAGGACAUCCAAUUGUUAUCUCAAACUUUACCAAGCCAGAUGUGAUCAAGAAUCUCACAGUAUCUAAUAUCACAACAUCAUCUGUGUUACUGAAAUGGGAAGAACCUUCUGGAAACAGAUCUUACUUUAAAGUUAAAUGGAUUGGUGAUAAAACAGAGAAAAAUAUAACCACAGAUAACACAUCCCAUAACAUCACUGAACUAACUCCUGGUGUGAACUACAUGUUUAUCAUCACAGCUGUUGCAGGAGAUAACUCAACAGAAGGAGAUCCAGUUGUUAUUUCAAUCUAUACCAAGCCAGAUGUGAUCAAAAAUCUCAUAGCAUCUAAUAUCACAUCAUCAUCUGUGUUUCUAAAAUGGGAUGAACCUUCUGGAAACAGAUCUUACUUUAAAGUUCAAUGGAUUGGUGAUAAAACAGAGACAAGAGUAACCAAUAACACAUCCUAUAACAUCCCUGAUCUAACUCCUGGAGUCAACUACACGUUUAGCAUCACAGCUGUUGCAGGAGAUGACUUGACAGAAGGAGAUCCAGUUUUUCUCUCAAAAUGUACCAAGCCAGAUGUGACCAUGAAUCUUACAGCAUCUGAAAUCACAACAUCAUCUGUGUUACUGAAAUGGGAAGAACCUUUAGGAAACAGAUCUUACUUUAAAGUUCAAUGGAUUGGUGAUAAAAGAGAGAAAAAUAUAACCACAGAUAACCUAUCCCUAAACAUCACUGAACUAACUCCUGGAGUCAACUACACGUUUAUCAUCACAGCUGUUGCAGCAUGUAACCUGACAGAAGGAGAUCCAGUUGUUAUCUCAAACUGUACCAAGCCAGAUGUGAUCAAGGAUCUCACAGUAUCUAAUAUCACAACAUCAUCUGUAUUUCUUCAAUGGAAAGAACUUUCUGGAAGCAGAUCUUACUUUAAAGUUCAAUGGAUUAGUGAUAAAACAGAGAGAAAUUUAACCACAGAUAACACAUUCUAUAACAUCACUGGACUAACUCCUGGUGUCAACUACACGUUUAUCAUCACAGCUGUUGCAGAAUGUAACCUGACAGAAGGAGAUCCAGUUGUUAUCUCAGACUGUACCAAGCCAGAUGUGAUCAAGAAUCUCACAGUAUCUAAUAUCACAACAUCAUCUGUGUUACUGGAAUGGGAAGAACCUUCUGGAAACAGAUCCUACUUUAAAGUUCAAUGGAUUAGUGAUAAAACAAAGGGAAAUAUAACCACAGAUAACACAUCCUAUAACAUCACUGAACUAACUCCUGGAGUCAACUACACGUUUAUCAUCACAGCUGUUGCAGAAUGUAACCUGAGAGAAGGAGAUCCAGUUGUUAUCUCAGACUGUACCAAGCCAGAUGUGAUCAAGAAUCUCACAGUAUCUAAUAUCACAACAUCAUCUGUGUUACUGGAAUGGGAAGAACCUUCUGGAAACAGAUCCUACUUUAAAGUUCAAUGGAUUAGUGAUAAAACAAAGGGAAAUAUAACCACAGAUAACACAUCCUAUAACAUCACUGAACUAACUCCUGGUGUCAACUACACGUUUAUCAUCACAGCUGUUGCAGAAUGUAACCUGACAGAAGGAGAUCCAGUUGUUAUCUCAGACUGUACCAAGCCAGAUGUGAUCAGGGAUCUCACAGUAUCUAAUAUCACAACAUCAUCUGUGUUUCUGAAAUGGAAAGAACCUUCUGGAAACAGAUCUUACUUUAAAGUUCAAUGGAUUGGUGAUAAAAGAGAGAAAAAUAUAACCACACAUAACACAUCACAUUACAUCACUGAACUAACUCCUGGAGUCAACUACACGUUUAUCAUCACGGCUGUUGCAGAAUGUAACCUGACAGGAGAUCCAGUUGUUAUCUCAGACUGUACCAAGCCAGAUGUAAUCAAGAAUCUCACAGUAUCUGAAAUCACAACAUCAUCUGUGUUACUCAAUUGGGAAGAACCUUCUGGAAACAGAUCGUACUUUAAAGUUCAAUGGAUUAGUGAUAAAACAAAGGGAAAUAUAACCACAAAUAACCUAUCCCUAAACAUCACUGGACUAACUCCUGGAGUCACCAACACGUUUAGCAUCACAGCUGUUGCAGAAUGUAACCUGACAGAAGGAGAUCCAGUUGUUAUCUCAGACUGUACCAAGCCAGAUGUGAUCAAGGAUCUCACAGUAUCUGAAAUCACAACAUCAUCUGUGUUACUGAAAUGGGAAGAACCUUCUGGAAACAGAUCUUACUUUAAAGUUAAAUGGAUUAGUGAUAAAACAGAGAGAAAUAUAACCACACAUAACACAUUCUAUAACAUCACUGAACUAACUCCUGGAGUCAACUACACGUUUAGCAUCACAGCUGUUGCAGGAUGUAACCUGACAGGAGAUCAAGUUGUUAUCUCAAACUGUACCAUUGUCUGCCAUUAA